AUGGCGACAGACCCUACCUCACCCGGCAUACCGAGGUCAGGCUCGGCCUCACCAGCGCCAGCAACCAUCCCGGAUCGUUCAGCCUCUCCCGAGAUACCGCUUACCAUGUCCGCCUCGGCCAUUCUUACAGCUCAACCGCCAGAUGUCGCUUCUGCCUUGGCCAGUGCUGGCGAGUACCCGUCAGACAAAGUCGUCGUCAAGUUCAAGGCUGUCGGAAACGCCCCUCUCCUCGCCCGGGGCGUAGCCAAAAUCUCGUCUACUCAGACGUUCCAUACCGUCAUCUGGUAUCUGCGCAAGAGACUCAAGCUCCAGGAAUCAGACAGCGUCUUCUGCUACGUCAACGACUCUUUCGCGCCCUCUCUCGACGAGAUCCUUGGCAACUUGCACAACUGUUUCAGAGACUCAAGUGGUCAACUUGUCAUUUCUUACGCCAUGAACCCAGCAUUUGGCUGA